AGUUUUUUUUAAUUCAAUGGCAUGUAGUAAAGUGUAAUUUUUUUUUUUUCAGGUGCUUAGCAACAUUGAAAAUGCGCAGAAAAGACAACAAAAGUCUUACAGGAACCGUAAGAGAAAGCUAAUGAGCACAAUCAGUCCUGGCACCCUUGCUGACCGCCACAAAGGUCCUUUCACUGUGGAUAGUAUCUCUAAAAAGGGUGUGGCAUCAGUGGUGAAAGAUAAUGGGACUCGAUGUUGCAUCAAUGUCUCACGGCUAAGGCCUUUCUACAGGUUGGAAAAUCAUGGAGCAGUUCCAUGUGUGUCACUUCAGGACCAUGAGUAUGGUACACCUGAUGAAGCAACAGACCAUCCUUAUGCUUUUUUCUGGAGAGAAAUGGGAAAAAGACUUGGGUCCUCUCCAGGAAAAACUGUUGAAAUAUGUCCUGGACAAAAGCCUUCCAGCAGCAGAAUUGAUUGUUAAAGAUGACAAUAUCUGUCUUACACGUGAGGACUUGUGGAGUCUUGGGUUAAAUCAGUGCAUGGAGUCUACUGUAAGUAUAUUCAUGUUGCAGCAUGCUUGCUCAAAGGCACAGAAAUAGUUUUUUUUGUGUGUAAUUUAUGCCUUUAUUUUGUUUUAUUACGUCUAGAUUGGGAAUGCAUGUUUUAAGAUCAUCAGAGAAGCUGCUCAAAAACAUGGGAAAGAUGUUUACAUUGCUGACAUGUAUGUGGUUCCCACAUGGAAAACGAUGAAUGUGGACCCACUCUCAAGUUUACCGGUAAAGUGAAGUUAAACACACACACAGACAGACAGUUGCACAUUAAUGCAAUGAUUUCUGUACAAUGCACAGUAGUUGAAUGGUUGCAUUUUCUUUCUCUACACCAGAACAAUCUGUGUUCCAAGGAUGCGAUUUUGUUCCCUGCAUGGAGUAUGCAACAGAAUCAACUGGAUCACUAUUUGCUAUGUGUUGAGUUACAGUUUCAAAAAAUAGAUAUUCAGAUUUUUAGAAUGAAGUUUGUUGAUUAGCUUAUCAUUUUGAAAUAUGUCCAUUGCAGGUUUUACUGGUUGUGGAGAGAGAGAUCAUUUUUCUAGAUUCUGUACUCCCUGGUGGUUUUGGAGAUGACUCGUACAAAACGAUAUUUAGGUUAAGAGAGAGGAAAAAGUUGCCCUUGUUCAGUGGCUUUUACCAAUAAUAUUUUACGCAAGAGCCAUGUUCUGUGGCUGCUGAUUUACACAAAAGCCUUGUUCUAUGGCUGAUGAUUUACAAAAAGCCUUGUUCUAUGGCUGAUGAUUUACAAAAAGCCUUGUUCUAUGGCUGAAAAUUAACAAAAAGCCUUGUUCUAUGGCUGAUGAUUUACAAAAAGCCUUGUUCUAUGGCUGAAAAUUAACAAAAAGCCUUGUUCUAUGGCUAAUGAUUUACAAAAAGCCUUGUUCUAUGGCUGAUGAUUUACAAAAAGCCUUGUUCUAUGGCUGCUUAUUUAUAGCUUUGUUCUUUUGUUUUAUGUUUACGCAGAAGCCUUGUUCGAUGGCUGUAGGAUUAGGUCUCAUUUUAUGAAACUAGACCAUGGAGAACAAUUGUAUGACUAUAGGUUUCAGUAAGUGUGUGUCCAUAAUUAAUUUUUUUCCCAUUUUAUGUGCAGACAUAUUGCAGGCCAGAUUGACCCAAGACCCUGGACAGAGAAGACCGGCAGAAGUUUUGAUCACUUCCCUCAACAAACUUCUGGGAACUACUGUGGCAUCCUUAUACUCAUUUAUGCCCUCUGUAUCUGCACCAAUACCCCCUUUAUCUUCACAGAGAAUGAUGUGCCAUUAAUACGCCAGUGGUGGUGCAUCCUACUGAUGGAAAGAUUUCAGAUUGAAGGACAUGGCCAGAGGUUUGCUUUCUGGACUGACAAGGCUAGCAGGCUAUUGCAAGGGACCCUUCAGCCACUUUUUAGGGUAUCUAGGUCAAUCACUUCAGACAUUCCACCUCAUGUGCAAACCAUGGUCAACCGCACAGCCCAAGAAAAGAAGCUGGUAGACUUUGCUGUACAAGACCAUGGAGUCCGGCAACAUUUGUUGGGUGUACUCUGUGGAAAAGAGCCUUCGAAGUGGCUCAGCAGAAUCCAGAAGGGAUCAUCCCUACGGGUGCCAGUGUACCUGGACUCGGAGGAAGAACAGGACUCCCUAUUUUUCUAUCUUCAGGAUGUCCUGAAAUCUGCACCAGUAGAAUUCCACAUUGAGGAUCAAGUGCAGUUCAUUUUGGAUGUUUUGUUCCCAGAGUGCAUCACCCAAGCCAUGUCUACACUACAGGGAAUAACUAUACAAGAGGCUGAAGAGUUGUUUCUUUCAGGUCCUAACUACAGCAGAAGGUAAAAACAGUUACCUGUGUUUGAAAUAUCUGUAUGAAUGUUUAUUUAUUGUGACUACCAUUUUAAUUGGGUGGGUGGUUGCGUGUUUGUGUCGGGGUACUUUGAGU